AAUUCCACUGCGCCCUAUAAAAUCCGUUGUUUCCCAAAGCCUUUCUUCAAAUCCUUAUGUUUCCUCUAUUUUCUUUUGUUUACAGGCAGAGCUGAAAGCGGCGGAAGCACUUGCGGAUGGCGCCGAGAGACAAACCUACCGACGGCGGCAGCGGCGGAGGGGGAGGAGCCAGGGAGGGUCGCUACAGAGGCGUGAGGAAAAGGCCAUGGGGCAGAUACGCCGCGGAGAUCAGAGAUCCUGCCAAGAAGAGCCGCGUCUGGCUAGGAACGUUCGAUACCGCCGAAGAAGCGGCGCGUGCUUACGAUGCGGCGGCGAGGGAGUUUCGCGGGGCCAAGGCCAAGACCAAUUUCCCCAGCCCCGCCGAACUCCUCGCCGCCGCUAAAAACAGCAAGACCGCCGCUCGCAGCCCAAGCCAGGGCAGCACCGUCGAAUCGGCGAGUUUCUCGCCGUCGAUCGCUGCCGUCGCUCUUCCUCCGCCGGCGCUGGAUCUCAAUCGCGCUCACCUCGGCGUCCGUGCGCACUUCCCGGCGGUUUACCCCGCGGCGCGUCCUAUCUUUUUCUUCGACGCCAUCCCACGGACUGAUGCCAUAAACAAUCAUCUCAACAUGUACAGGUUCGAUCGCAAGGCCGCCGCUCUUCACCCCGCCGUCGCCGGUGCCGGCCCGAGCGAAUCCGACUCCUCCUCCGUCGUUGACAACCCCGACUCCGACCGUACUCCGUCGAACCAAGUCCUGAAUCUCGACCUCAACCUCCCUCCCCCUCCGGAGGCAGCCUGAAGAUCGCGCAGGAAACGCAGGGCAAAUAAAAACAAAAAAAAAAAAAAAAUUCUUCUAAUCCUUUCCUUUUCGUUUCUUAAUCUUUUUCGCUUCUAAUUCAGGGAAAUAGCAGCCUCACCAGUGAAUUGAUGUGCUGAGUCGUUGUCGUAUGUAGCUAAGACAUAUAUAUAUAUUGAUGUAAAUAUACAUAAAAACCGAUCGAGAGACCAACCUCUCGUUUUUUGCUUCCGAGAAA